GAAAAAAACAAAAAAAAAUUAAUUAAUUAAAAUAAAUCAUAUUGCAACUCUGUAAUCUUUGAAUAUACCUUUCGCCAUACUUUUUUUUUGAAUGUCAUGCGCAAAAGCAAAUAAAUUUUGUUAUUUCAAUAAUAGAAACAAAUUAUAAAUCUUUUUUGUAUUUGCCAUUGGCAAUUGAAAUACCGAAACUUGUUAUACAACUACGUCACAAUCUGUCAUUUUGAAAUUACGAACAAAAUAAUCAAUUCUAAUCAACGAUUUUAAAUCAAGUUACUAUUCCAAAAUUUUUACUAUCAAAAUUCUGCGUAGAACAUGGACUCAGAAGAUAAUAUCGGUUACCAGUUAACGGAAAAUUUUAUAUUCUUUCAAGACAUCGUAAAAAAGCCCGAAGAAGUAUUCGACUGCCGCUCGCAAGAAUAUAAAUUAGCGAACGCUUGGCUAAACAAAUUAUCUAUGUUUGGCUUUGAGACGAUUGAAGACAUGCGAUUGCGUAAUGUUUAUAUGAGUCAUCUAGUCGCUUGUCUGAACUACGGUAAACUUACUGGACCGUUCACUUCAAUGCCCAACCCGGGCGGCAUACUAGACAAAAGCGAUUUUCUUCUAACUCAGGAUAAGCCACGGCAGGCGGUCUGUCCACGGCCAAAGCCCGGCAUGUCAGCCUCACAAAAAGCUUGCCUCGACCAGAAGGGGGGCGGCGGUAGGCCCUGUGAAUGUGAUUAUGUGUGUUGCGACCAAAACGAGCAGAAGAAAGAUUGUAGCGGCAUGGGCGCACCCUCGUCGUUUGAUCACAUUUGUGGCUAUAUGAUGCAAUAUGUGAAUGUGCCCACUUGCUUGGACAGCCAGCUGCGCGCAACAGUCGAACACAAUCAAUACCACACACAUGAUGUGUUCACGAGUUCUGCGGAUGUUGCAGCCGCAACAACAUCGGCGGCUUUUUAUGGCCACAAAGCGGAUGAGAAAUGUGUUGGUGGCGCUUUUGUUGCUGCGAGUAACUGUACAACGUGCGGUGAGAACUUGGAACUCGAUCAUCAAUUUGUGCGCAGCCAAAUAACGACAUUACUGGACGCCAUCGCAUCCGAACUGCGUGGCGAGCAGUCGCCGGGCACAAAUGAUUAUCUGGAGUAUGAGCUGGCGCGCUAUAAGAACUUCAAACUGCAAUUUCCUCAGGUGGCCGAGAAGAUAGCCAAGCUGAAGGCAGAGCAGUCGCUAAGAUCGUAUUUCUUGCUGAAUUUGCAAAAUGAUCUCGUGAAGUUGCUGAACGAUUGCUGCUUAAAGCCCGAAGUGAAUUCGAGGCCAACGCUCAAUAUGCAUUAGUGACGGGGUUUUAAAGCAUUUUUUUUUUCAUAUUUAUUUUGCUAGUUAUUGGCGUGGUUGUGUGAGCGCUUGGUCCAUUCUUCGUGCUAUCUGUAUUUUUUAUUUCCGUUAUAUUCUUCCGAUCUGUCUGGAUGUCACAGUUAGAGUUUGUGAAUAAAAAAACAAAAUGUGCGUCUAAUUAA